UUACAUGAUUUAAAACGAAAACGACAUCUAUUCCCGCCGUUUUAUCAUAGCAUCUAUCUUCUUCACUGUUUCUGUUAAGCAACAAUGGCCAAGACACAAACAUGUUCUAACUUCUAAGAUAUCAAUCUUGUGAAAUUUGACGGCUCUCCUUAUGAAUAUUCUCAAAGGACCAGUCUUCUUAAACAUUUCAUGUUUCUAUGAUUGUCCCAAGUUGCUUAAACAUAGUAAAACAUGUUCUUAUGAUGGAAAAGUUGCCAAAUUUCAGAAAUAUAAUGGUGUCCUUUUGGCUAUGCAAGGCAGUGGGGAAUUAGCAGGUCAUGUUGCCAAGUCAUUCAACCAUAAGAUUUACAUUAAUAAUAGAGAAGAGUUGAAUGGUAUUCCUCAUAUACAAACUCUUAGAGAAUUUCCUCGGGAGGAGCUUUUUCAAAAAGUCGUCAUGGUCAGAUUUGACUCUAAGUUAUUUCUCAAGCAAGAGUAUAACCAGAAGAAUCAAUCAGAUUUUAAUGCAAUGUUUACAAUUAAAUAUUUACAUGAAGCCGGUGCAAAGAUCGUCCUUGUCAGUGAUUGGAAAACAAAUACUUCAGAACUUCACACUGAAUCGGUCGCAGAUUUCUUAUCAACAAUUCUCCAAAUGCAAGUCUAUCCAGUGCAAGGCAUUUCUUAUAACAAGCUACCAGAGAUUAAAGGUCUCGAGAAAGAGAAUAUCUAUCUUCUUGAGAAUCUUUAUAAUCUCAAAGACGAAGUUGCUAAUUGUUUGAAGUUUGCUAGAGUAUUAUCGUCAGGAGUUGAUAUCUUCGUCAACGACUCCUUCUCCAACACUCAUAAAGUUCUAGCAUCAACUGUCGGCGUUACGCGUUUCUGCUAUGCCUCUAUAGCUGGAUUUCACUUUGAGGAAAAGCUUUGUCUUGCGAAGAAUUUAGAAGAAGCCAGCAAGAAGCCAUUUGUAGCUAUUAUGGGAGGAGGUAAUCUCGCCGAGAAAGCAGCUUCCUUUCGGUUUUUAGCAUCCAGAUGCCAGGGUUUUGUUUUUGUUGGAAUGAUGUCAUUUCAAAUAAUGCAAGCAGUAGGAGUAUCAGUUCCUAUUGAAUUGGUGGACCGUAAGGCAUUUAGUGAAGCUCUAGAUAUAGUGAGACUUGCUCGCAAUAACGGUGUGCAGAUAUCGUAUCCAAAAGAUUUUUGGUGCAGGAAUAAAUAUGAUCCAAAGCAAUUGCAUGUAUUUCCUUCUCAUGGACUUUUGGAUGGUUGGGUGCCUGUUGAUCUUGGACCUGAAUCAUUGGAUGAAAUAGAUUCCAUGCUUACAAAUUGUAAGAAAAUAGUUUGGAUUGGUCCAGUGAAAUUUGGUGAUUCAAGUGAACACACAAAAGGAGCAUUUAAAUUGGCGAAAAUUCUUGAUCGACUAAGCCAAGGAAACUGCGAAACAACUGUGGUUGGGACUACAGCAUGCAAUCUUGUGAGACAAGAAAAAAGUUCGCUGUCCUCGAUAAAUAUGAUUGAGAAUGCUUCGGUAGUAUGGGAAUUUUUCAAAGGAAGAAAGCUUCCUGGUGUUAUGGCUGUUGAUAGAGCAUACCCUUUUGAAAUCAACUGGAACAACAUACACUCUGACCCAACUCAAUCUCUUGUGGUUGAUAUAGGAAGUGGCAAUGGCCUUUUUCUUCUUGAAAUGGCUAAAAGAAGGAAAAAUUUGAACUUUCUUGGUUUGGAGAUGAAUGAAAAGCUUGUUGCGCGCUGUCUGGAUUCUAUUCAACAGUUUGGCAUAAAGAAUGGGCACUUCAUCGCUACAAAUGCGACAUCAACGUUUCGGUCAAUCGUUUCUACUUAUCCAGGAGUGUUAGUUCUUGUAUCAAUACAGUGUCCAAAUCCUGAUUUCAAUAAACCUGAACAUAGAUGGAGAAUGCUGCAAAGAUCUUUAAUUGAAGCAGUAGUGGAUCUUCUAGCAUUUGGUGGAAAGGUUUUUUUGCAAUCCGAUGUAAAAGAAGUUGCAAUAAGAAUGAAAGAACAAUUUUUGAGAUAUGGCAAGGGUAAGAUUGUUUUGGAGCAUGGCCAAUUCAAUGACCAAAGUGAUUGGCUUGAUGAAAAUCCAUUUGGAGUUAGGUCAGAUUGGGAAAAACAUGUUUUAGAGCGUGGUGCGCCUAUGUACAGAAUCAUGUUUUCAAAACAAUGAGCCGUAAAUAGCUGGAUUUUGAUAUACCUAUCAUUCCACAAUGUAGAUUUGAUAAAUGAUUUUCAUUUAUGUAUCAAUUAACUAAACAAUUAUCGUUAAUUAUUCUAUUUUAUUAUAGAGAUUGGUACAAAUGGUUGAAAAUAUAUUAAGUAGAGCUUGUUAAUUACUUUUC